AUGUUCACCGAAGAACUCAAGGCCUUCAAGAGAUUAGGCUUUCGCCAUGUUUUACUACAAAUUCUUAACUUUGCGUCCGUCAUUGCGUCGGGCUUGAUGAUAUGGAAAGGCCUUGGAAUCGUCACGAACUCGGAAUCACCCAUCGUUGUCGUGCUCAGCGGGUCUAUGGAACCAGCGUUCUACCGUGGCGACCUACUCUUCCUAACGAACCCUGCUGGCGAGCGGUAUAAUACAGGCGAUAUCACCGUGUACAAGAUUCCCGGAGCUGACAUCCCCAUCGUCCAUCGUGUCCUCGAAACUCACGACGUCAAACCGAAGAAGUCAUCAAAAACUGCUGCGACGAGUCCUGUAAACCAACUGCUAUUAACGAAGGGCGACAACAAUUACGUCGAUGACAUAGAGCUCUACCAAGGGCUAGAGUGGCUAGAGCGGAAGCACAUCGUUGGAAAAGUUAGAGGGUUCUUGCCAUAUGUUGGAUAUGUGACAAUUGCAAUGAAUGACUUCCCCCAACUGAAAUAUGCACUGUUGGGAGGACUGGGUCUUCUUGCUCUGAUACAGCGGGAAUAA